UUGAUACGCGAGCCAUGGCUGCUCCUGUCGCUCUCAUUCAAGGUGCCAGCAGAGGACUGGGGCUUGAAUUCUGCAAACACAUUCUGAAAAACAAAAGCCUCGCUGCUGUCGUGGCGACAUGCCGAAACCCGGACGGAGUGGCGGAGCUGCGGGACCUGGCGGGACAACACCGGGGCAGACUCACGGUCCUGAAGCUGGACGUGAACCUGGAGGAGGACAUCCGCGAAGCAGCUGAGCGCGUGAAGGAGGACUUCGGUCGGGUGGAUCUGCUCGUGAACUCUGCGGCGAUGCUUCACCCCUCCGGGAAAGGAGAGACGAGCUUGAGGGACGUUUCUGCGCAGGGCAUCAUAUCCACCUUGACGACCAAUACGGUGGGACCCCUGGUAAUGGCCAAAUAUUUUAGCCCUCUCCUUCAGAAGGGCGGCGGCGCCUUCGGUCAGCAGCCUCCAGAGAAAGCGAAGCAGCACAACGGCAUCAUCGUUAACAUCACGGCGAAAGUUGGGUCCAUUGGAGACAACGGUCUAGGUGGCUGGUACAGCUACAGAAUGUCUAAAGCAGCUCUCAACAUGGCUACCAGAAAUUUAUCCAUAGAACUGGGCCGCAGUCGACCCAAGGUGGUGUGUGUGUCUUUACAUCCUGGGACAGUUAACACGGACCUCUCCAGGCCUUAUCACCGGAAUGUGCCAAACGACAAGCUGUUCAGUGCUGAGCACUCUGUGAACUGUCUGAUGGACAUCAUUAAUUCACUAAGCAUCGACAAGACCGGGAAGGCGUACAGCUGGGAUGGGACCGAGCUUCCUUGGUAGAAUCAAAAAAAGUACACAGUGUGUAGAUGUGACUUUAACCUCUUUGCGUCUCAGCAGGUCAUGCUCUGAUUAAACAGGAAUUUUACCGUUGACUCAAUGAAAACGAACCGGGUGUUUUUUAACAUUAUAAUCAAGUCACAGAGAAACCUUGUUCUCUACCUCGACACCAAAGUGCAUAAAUUAGGAUCAAUCCUUUUUGGCAAGGGUGCAUGUUUUUGUGAACUUUAAAAACAUGUUCACAAAUAAAGGAUGUGAAAUACUUGGUGUGUAUGAUCUGAUCUGACAGAUGUGCAAGUUAAGUCUUAAUCGCUGCAUCUAUCUCUGAGUCGGAGUUUGAGGUCGGGUUGGUUAAGACUCCUCCGCCUCUCCAAUUUGGACGUCCAUCUUCAAGGUGUUUAUUUGUAUUUUUAAUUUUAUUUUUUAAUUAAGAACUUGGCUAUUCCCAUCAACUUGGACCAGAUUCCUAUUCCCAUUUGAAGAAAAACAACCCCAAAACAUUUUUAAGUAUGAGGUUGGAGUUUUCAGGGUGAUGCAUGGUGUCGGCUUCAUUCAUGUGUCCUCCUUGGCUUAUUGCGAACUGUAAAUCAGACUUUCAGCUCACAAAAAGAAUAUUCACCAAACAGUGCAAGUCUAGCUCCUACGUGGGUAGGGUGUUCCAACCUUUUCCUUAUAAAGAAGACAUAUUUUUGCAUAUCUUGUGUUAAAGUUAUAUAUUUUUGUUGUCGUUUGAGUGCAAUUAAAUCACUUUCUUUCCCUGACCUAA